GCAAGAAAGUUCAAGACAACUAUCCACCUCCCCUUUAAAUACACGCACUCUUCAUUCUCCUUCUCCACGCAUUUUUUACUCAAAAACACUUGCUCAAACCCUAAGUCUCUUGAACCUUCCUAUUUUACCUUUGUCAAACAAGCAUGUCACUCAUUUCCCAGCUUUGUGUUGAUGAGAUUUUUGACCCCUUCCUUUCAAUGAUCAACAAAUGUCCUGUCCUUAACACGCCAACAGAUUGGAAAGAGACCCCAGAUGCUCAUAUAUUCGUAUCCGAUCUUCCAGGCCUAAAGAAAGAAGAAGUGACGGUAGAAGUGGUAGAUGAAGGGAAGGUGCUUCAAAUAAGCGGAGACAGGAAAAAUGAAGAAAUUAGCGAGGAUAACAAAAAUGAUAAGUGGCACCAUGUUGAGCGUUGCCGUGGUAAGUUCCUUAGGAGGUUUAGGCUACCAGGAAAUGCAAAGUCUGAUGAAGUAAAGGCGUCUAUGGAGAAUGGAGUGCUUGUAGUGACUGUUCCUAAACAUGAAGUGAAGAAGCCAGAGAAGAAGGUGAUUGAGAUUGAGGAAAUAAAGGGUUCAGAGUGAGAGUGAGGCAUGAGUGUGAUUCUUCAAUAAGAGAAACGGGUGUUCAUCUCUUGUUUGCUUCGAAGUAUGGUUAAUUUCUGAAUAGAAAAUAAAUUGUGGUUAAUUUGGUUCUCGGUGUUUGCUUUAGUUUGUUCA